GAACGGAAGUGCUUGCGGAGAGCGGCCUGCGCGCAGGUUCCAUGUGAACAGCACUCAGUGCUGGGCUGCAAGCACAAGAGGGCAGGAUGUUGUCGAGGCCAAAGCCUGGGGAGUCCGAGGCGGACCUGCUACACUUCCAAAACCAGUUCCUGGCAGCCCGAGCCUCACCUGCAGUGAAGAUUGUGAAGAAAGCAGACAAGAGGAAGGGGGAGGAAGGGAACACAGAUGCUGAGAGACCCCCAUUGCAGGACAGCAAGGAUGUAGUCAUGUUGGAUGAUUUUCCUGAUACUCUCCCAGCUCUAACACCAGCUCCACCCAAAAAGUCCAAAAGUGCCAACGUCCACUUUGAGGAUGAAGAUCCUGAGGAAAGGCUAGAGGCUCACGAUCGACACAUUACAGCAGUCUUCAGCAAAAUUAUCGAACGUGACACGAGUGCCGUUGCAGUGACCAUGCCAGUGCCCACAGGAGACCCAUUUCCAAGGGCGUUUCACCGUUCCGAGAUAAAAAGUGAGGUAAAGGUGUCAUCUGGAAGAAAAAGCAUCUUUGCACAAAAGAUGGCAGCGAGGAGAACUGCAGAAAACGCGGCAGCAGCUCCCUCUGCUGCCGAGUGCGUGCGCGUCGGAUCAGCCGCUGGAGAUGCCCUGCAGGGAUCAGCAGGAGAGGUACCUCUCCCUGGCUUCAGGGAUGAUAAAGCUGGUGAUGUUUUGACCUCUCAGCGGCCUUGCCUCAUCACGGGAGAGGGUCUUGGGAGCCAAAAGAGCGAGCAGGAAGCUGAAGCUAUUCACAAAGAAAACUUGGAGAAGCUACAGUCCAUGUCUGAGGAAGAAAUCCUGCAGGAGCAGGAAAAGCUGCUGGCUCAGCUGGAUCCUGGUUUAGUUGCUUUCUUAAAGUCACGACGUGGUGGCAAGGAAGGCCAGAAGAAGGAAUUAAAAAUGGAAUGGAACAGACCGGAGGAGUCUGUGGAAUCUCUGCCCGCGGCUCGGCGUGGUGUGGGAUCAGCCCUUCGCGUGCAGGAGCCGGGUGUGGGAGAAUCUGUGAAGAAGGAAGAAAACAGGGAGGUAGAAAUCACAGAUGAUGAUCUGCCUGUGAAGCCCAAGAAGGAAUGGAUUCACAUGGACAAUGUGGAGUUUGAGAAGCUGGAAUGGAUGAAAGAUUUGCCAGCACCUCGGCAGAAGAAAACCAAAGAGGGAAUGCAAGCUCGAUUCAGUUUAAAAGGAGAAUUGAUUCCUGCAGAUGCUGAUUUACCGACACACCUAGGCCUUCAUCACCAUGGAGAAGAGGCAGAGAGGGCUGGUUAUUCUCUCCAAGAGCUCUUUCAUUUGUCUCGCAGCCAAGUUAUCCAACAGAGGACACUGGCUCUGCAGGUCUUGGGGCGGAUUGUUCAAAAGGCCAAGGCUGGAGAAUUUGCUUCCUCCUUAAAGGGCAGCGUUGUGCAUCUGCUGCUUGACGCUGGGUUUCUCUUCUUGCUGCGCUUCUCGCUGGAUGACGCAGUGGAUAAUGUCAUGGCAGCGGCUGCCGGUGCCCUCCGGGCUCUGCUGGUGUCACUAGAUGAUGAGAAAUAUCUUGACUGGACUUUCUCAUGGUACCAAGGGAUGGCUGCGUUCCCCUUUGUCCCCAACAAUGAGGAGGAAGAAGAGGAGGAAGAGGAAGAAUUAAAUGGAACAGAGAAGUCUCAGGAUAAAAAAUUAAAAGAUGAAAACAAGCCAGAUCCAGAUGUGGCCCGAUAUGAUGUUGUAAAGGGACUUUUGAAGACACGGAUCCAGCACAGGCUGAGGUACAUCCUGGAGGUGGUACAACCUGUUCCAACGGUAGUCCUGGACAUACUGCACAUCCUCACCCACAUAGCAAGGCACUCCUCUGAAGCAUGCAGCCAGCUGCUUGACUGUCCUCGGUUGAUUGAGACCAUUGUCAGGGAAUUUCUCCCUACUCAGUGGGAUUCCCGGGUGGCUGAGCCAGGGUGUCUACUCACCAGCCUCCAUGGUGUUCCUUGUGCCACUGCUAUGAAGUUUAUCAGAGUGUUGGCGUCUGGAGGCCGAAACGCAGCAGCCAGGCUGCUGAACCAAUUUGGAAUGAAAAGCCGGUUAAGUCGAUUUAUAGCUGAAGAGCCACAGGAUCUGCUCCUGCCGAGGGAGGAAGCUAUCAGGCUGAGCACUGAGGCCUUCCGCUUGUGGGCUGUGGCUGCUGGCUAUGGGCAGGCCUGUGACCUCUACAGGGAUCUUUACCCUGUGCUGGUGAGGAUACUGCAGUCCCUGCCUGACCUGCUCAGCGCUUGCCAUGGGAAGAGCCCUGUGAUGGAGCUGUCUGUCCAGCGAGCGGUGGCAGUAGUGACUCUGCUGACACAUGUGACACAAACAGCUGGCUAUGCGGUGGAGCUGCAGGCCAAGCUGAACAGUAAUAGCUCAGAAGAUGGUGAGCAGAUUCCACCUCCUCCAGUAGCAUGGAAUCAAGUGUCAGGCCUGCAGCCCUUCCUUGAGACCAGUCUGAAAAAAUUCCUCCAAGAGAUAGCACAUACAGAAACUUGGCACACUCUCCAGCCUCUGACCACAACCUAUGUGAUCUACUUGGGAGUUUAUUACAGUGCUUGCAGCCAACAGCCAUCAGUCAAUCCAGUUGACUGCUUAGAGGACCUGGAGCGUCUGACAUCUGAGGUGCUGCAGCCCCUUCUCAGCCAGCCAGCCAUACAUAGCAUGUGGGACUUGCUCAGGCCAUGUUCUGCUUUGUGCAACCCUCUCUCCUGUUCCCCGGCGCCAGAGUCUGUUUCCAGCAUUGCAUCUCUGAGUUGCACUGGAGGCAAACCUCCUUUGAGCUUGGUUGGCUCCAAGUCACCUUUCCCCUUCCUCACUGCUCUCCUAUUUCUCAUCAAUAGCAUCACUCACAUUCACAAGGGCCUGACCUGCAAGUACAGCUCUGUGCUGGGCUCCAGUGGCUUGAAGGAUUAUCUGCAUCAAAGCUGGCAGACAGGACCUCCCUCUGUGACUCCUUCAUCUGCGUGGAUGCUGCGCCAUGAAUACCAUCUGCAGUACUUUGUGUUAGCGCUGGCUCGGAGAAUGGCAGCCACUUGUCCGGAUGACGCCCAGCAUGCCUCACUCCAUCACUCUGUUGCCAUGGCAUUGCUAAGCCGUCUGUUGCCAGGGAGUGAGCAUCUGGCUUACGAGGUCCUCCUGGAUCUUGCCUUUAAUCCAGAGUUUCUUCCUGAAGGGAAAGUUGGAGGGCCAGAAGCAGCUGACUUCUCUGACAUCCUGCAUCUGGGUACCAGUGCCAAACUGGCACAGCCUGGCUCUGCAGCAGCGUGUUUUCCGAAGGCUACUCGUGGUGCCCUGCUGAGAGAGUCGUACCAGAGCCUGCCUUCCAUCCGCUCCUGCUACCUCUCUCAUUUUGUCCGCUUGCAGCCUGCCCUUGCACGCUCCCAAGCAUCUUACCGAGGACAGAAUUACCUCAUCCAGUCCAUGCUGCUUCCUGAGGUCAGAGGGCCCAUCCUGCCUUCAGACUGGCCAUUCUUCCCUCUUAUCAGCCUCUACAACAAAGUGACUAACGCAGAGACACGUGGGGCUGUACUGAACUCCCUCCCACUUGAUCUUGUCGACACUGUGACCUGGAACCUGCAGUGGGUCUUGCUGCUAGAAACCUGGCGUGCUAAAACCCUUCAGAGCAUCCCUGCUGCCGCCAAACUUGCACGGCUUAUGUGUGUCUUCCUCACCGGCAGCGACCUCUUUCUGGAAGCCCCAAUCCACCGUUACACAGCUGCCCUUCUCUCUGUGUAUUGCCAACCCAAGGCAUUGGACUCCCUGAACUUGGAUGCUCCAGUCCCUGGUUUGGCAUCUUUCCACGAUCUCUACGUAAGUCUGCUGGAGCAGUUUGAGGGAGUCUCCUUUGGCGAUCCGCUCUUUGGAGCCUUUGUUCUUCUACCUCUGCAGAAGCGUUUCAGUGUUCAUCUGCGACUCGCUCUUUUUGGGGAGCACACAAGUAUCCUGCAAGCACUGGGAGUGCCCCUCCAGCAGUUUCCUGUGCCUCUGGAGCGAUACACUUCCCCUCCUGAGGACAACCUGAACCUUCUGCGACUCUACUUCCGAACGCUGGUCACCGGUGCUCUGCGCCACACCUGGUGCCCUGUCCUUUACGUGGUGGCUGUGGCUCACGUGAACAGCUUUAUUUUCUCCCAAGACAGCACAACAAAGGAGAUGGAUGCUGCUCGGAAAAGCAUGCUGAGGAAGACGUGGCUGCUGGUGGAUGAGUCCUUGAAAAACCACCUGCUCCACUACAGACUGCUGAAUGCAGAGAGCCCUUUGGGAUUUGACCUUUAUGAGCAGCUCCCUCCCAUACGACUGAAGUACCUGCAGAUGGUGACACAGAAAGAAAAUCAGGAGAAUUCACCAGCACUAGUCUCAUAGCAGAACACUGGUCCAGCAGGACAGCCAAGGUGAAGAAUGGAAGAGCUCAGUUUAUGCUUCACUGAUGGAGCUACGUGCACUUCAGCAGUUCCAGUGUCGUAGUUGGGGACUUUUGGCACCUUCACAAAGUGGAGCACUGGUGGAGUGCUCCCAGCCCUGCAGAGCAAUACACAUUUUUCUCAAGACAAUAUGACAAGGACACAUCUUCAUAGGAAGACAUGUGUAUGUGGCCUCCCUGUGAUGAAUGCUGGAGCAUUUCCCUCCAUUCUCUUCCAGGAUUUCUGCUGCUCCCCAGAGAAGGUGGGAACGUGUCUGAAAGACACUGGAUUGUUGAACAGACUGAAAGAAGUGGAAAAGCCUUUUUCAUUUGCUCAGGCUGGAGCCUGUGGGUUAUCAGUAUGAUGUUUGCCUUUCCCUGGCCUUUUUGGGACCCACAAUUUUGAAUAGUCCUUUCCCCACGUUGUCCCCUGCAAAUAAAAUGCCAGUACAACAGGGAAGAAGCUGAUUCUAAGGUAAAAUGUAUCUACAAGCAGUUUCUCCAGGACAGUGUCCUGUGGACAGUCAGUUACACAGAUGUCUUGUGUCAGACCUCUUAAGAGAUAAUAACUCCUAUUGCAGUGGUAUAAACACUGGCUCUCUGCCCUUAGCUUGCAUUUGCAUAGUCUCUAAACUGCUUUCUUUUCUCUCUUACUUUGGUUACAUGUAUAACAGGAUCAAAUUAAUUUCUUUGCAGGGCAGAAUGCCUAGCAGCAACCACUCCCCACUAGAGAGAAAAGAGGUGUCUGCCUGUGAGGUUGCUGUAUGUAUUUAGUUGCCCUCUGAGGAUAAUGCAAUUUAAAUUUUGAGGUGGAGCUCCUGAGUUUAAACCUAAGCUUAAAAAUUCCUCAUUUGUUCCCACUUCUGUAUUGCAGCCUCAGACACACAGGGUAUAAAUAGAGUGCCCUCUAAAAGGUUCACCAGAAGUUCCAGCUGAAGUCCAGAAUGUCCCCUGGAUGUGGUCUCAUGGAUGUUUCAUAUAUAUCCAAAAAGUUUUGCAGAACUAUGGUUACUCUGGCAGGCCUUACUUUGGAGAGCUUACAUCUGUGUACAAAACUUGUUAAGGGUGGUGGUUCUGUUUUGUCCUUAGGAAUAAAUUCCUCUGGAAGGUGAGGGUGAUGCCUAGCCUGAAGAGCUAAGCCUCUCUCUUUACCUAUCAAACAGGCCAAGCUAGUUUCUCUCCAAAGAAACCACACCCUUAUUAACCUUGAUCCAGGGGAUGGCCUAAUAAGAAUGUGAAACAUUGUUCAUAGGCCAGCCUGUAAGGGUCGAAAUUGUUCCAGGCAAGGAACAGAUUCCAGCUAGCAGCUUAGGGCUGCAGUGCUGUCUUUGCAUUGACAACUUUCUAAGCCAAUCAGUACCCCUUAGAUUUCCAGAAAACACACUGUUUCAUCUUUUCCUCUCUUAUUUCAGGCAGGACAUGGGCAGAACUGAGGUUUCCUUUUGAUCUUUUUCAUUUGUCUUUUUCUUUUCUCCUCCUAAUGCAGCUUUUGAUCUGUGGUUUCUUUCAGCUGGAGAUCAAUAGCACAGAAAAUAACAAAAGCACAGUGGUCAACGUGGGGGGUUCUUAAUGAUUUAUUUGAAAGUACUUGAUGUGAUUAAAAGUUUAAUGAAAGGCAUUGAAGUUUCUUUUCUGUCUGGAGAGCCCAACAGCUGUCUUUCAAGAGCAAUGGAUGGUAAGAUUUAAGGACUCCUGGCUGUCUGUUGAAGAGCAGCCUUCACCAAGGACUUUGCAUUCUGCUUCUCAGACCCAGUUACAAAAACUCUCCCAGUCCUUUCUGCAGUGCAGAGCUGAGUUUUGUAAUGUGUGCAGGGCAUAAAUAAAAAUUUGGAUAGCUCCACAGAUAUUUUUGUUGAACUAUGGGAGUGCUCUCCUUAUUUAAAUACUUUUGACUU